ACUGCUGGGGUGCAAUGGGUACCUCACCGACGACAUACGCGUGAGGUUGCCCACAUAUAUGCUAGCACACUUCAAAUACUGAGAAAACGACACAGCCUGCCGCCCCUCAAAAAUGUCCACCACUUCCCGGUCAGACAUGUCAGCCAUGGCUACUUGUAUUUAACACUUUCUUUAACACUCUACACAACACUUUCACAACACACUGAGACACAAUUGGAACAAACAACAACUAAAUUCAAGUGCCGGUAUCGACGUCUAUCGAUGUAUCGAUAACAGGCGUGCCAACAUGAGAAUUAUAAAUGCCUGGUGCCAACAUAACGUGCACUGCCUUCCAUGAAAAUGAAUGUGCUUGUUUCGUGGGGAAAACAGCCGUUGCGGUCAACGUCCGGACGCAUUUGUGUCGUAUAUAUCCCAGUUGUCACUCUCUCUCUACCUCUCCAAGUGUUCCAAGUGUUCCAAGGCCACACAUUUCAUUCAUCGAUUUCUUGACAGGAGGACCAUGGAUCGGAUCAAAGACAGCAGUGAGUGGGUAGAAGGGGCCCAGGCGGGCUUGUUUCUGUUCCACGGUGUUCGUUUUUCAACAUCAUUCGCCGAACAGAAUAUGAACAGGAUGCCGGAGGCUGUCGGCACGCUCCUAGCCUGGUUCGAGAGGGGUGUCCAGCUUCGCAACGACGGACGUUACCACACCUUUUGCGCAACUAGAGAACUGGCGGAGGGUGACGAGUUGCCGGUAGUGGGUGCCCUGAGCGGCAUUCCCAGAUUUUUGUUGGCAUCACCGAAGAGGUUCAAUGUUCAUACAUAUGACCCUACAUACGACCUACACUAUUCUUUUGAUGUAGUACAGUCCUUUCAAGUUUUCUUUUUAUUUCACAGCAUAACCUUACUAAGGAAGAGCUGGCGUGGAUGAUAAUGUGCACCAACAGUCGCAUUGCCAAGGUUAAAGAAGCAAACAAGCUAAAAGAUUAGCUUAUUAAACGCUGGAGUUAUGAAUAUGAAACGUCUUUGAUGUGGGUGGAGAUGUGUGAGUGACCUCUUUUUCGAUCCAUCUAGUGUCCUUCAGGGAAAGAUGGAAUAAUCAAACUUCUCUGCCUUUUGGGCUGUAAUCAUUCUCUCAAAGCAUCUAUGUUACCCCAUUUUAUUUCAUGUUAGCUGUAAGUGAGGAAGUUAGUUGGAUGCAGCCAUCUGGACUGUAUUCAUGCUUUCAAAGCAAGUGUGUUUUCCCAUUUUAUUUUCUGAUAGCUUUAAGUGAGGAUGUUUAUUUUAUGCUGUUUGUAUUUUAUUCUGCCUCGGCUCUGAAAGAGAAAGGUGGAGUAACAUAACUUGUCCGCAUUUUGGCAUGUUGUUACUCUCAAAGUUUGUGUAAUUGCAUAGUGUUUUAUUUGUUUGUGAAUAAAUUCUGUCUUAGCUCUCAAAGAGAAAAGACGGAAUAACGUAUCUUGUCCACAUUUUCCAUCUUAUUACUCUCAAAGUUUGUGUGAUCCCAUCGUGUAUUAAUUGUUUGUGAAUUAAAUUCUGUCUUAGCUCUCAAAGAGAAAAGAUGGAAUAACGUAUCUUGUCCACAUUUUCCAUGUUAUUACUCUCAAAGUUUGUGUGAUCCCAUCGUGUAUUAAUUGUUUGUGAAUUAAAUUCUGUCUUGGCUCUCAAAGAGAAAGAUCGAAUAUCACAACUAGUCAUUUUGGCUUUUUUCUACUCUCAAAGUUGGUGUGAUUUUUCAGAGUCUUUAUAUUUCAUCCGUCACCUUUCAUAUUCAUUAUUAUUUCACCUGUCAUCUUUUUUAUUCAUUUUGUAUAUUUUACUUAUCAUUUAUUUUGUGUUUUAUUGUUUGCAUAUCUUGGCACAUUCUUCACUUACCACCUUCAUUAGUGGUUGUUUGAUUUUAUCACAGCUGGUUUGGAGAAGUUAGUCCAUAAGGCAAUAGUUAAGUUGUACUAGAAUAGAGAUGAUCUAAUGCCUGGUAGAAAUCUGUUUGUUUGAAUUGGAAAUUGAUGGUCCUCACCCA